UUUUUUGUUGGGCAGCACCGUUCCCCCUGGUUACUCAGUUCCCGUUCAGUCCCAUUCAUUUUCGAGUGAAGAAACUGCUUCCUGGAAUUUCACACUAAACGAGUCACUCAACAUAUUGCCCAAAAGGCAGGGCUGGGGCAUGUUCUAAGGCAAGUUCUCUAUGUGGAUGUAGCCGCUGAAUUUGCGUAGGUUUCACCCUACCCUCUUCUUCCCUUCUCUGUGAGAGAUAGCUCUGGUCAGCUGACGGUGAUAAACGGGGGAAACGACGCAGGUUUUCGGACUCUGAUUGGCACCCCAGGGACGGGACGAUGAUUGGCUGGAUCCGCAAGGUGCUGGCCCUGGCCUGUGUGUGCAUGUGUGUGCUGCUGUUGGCAGACAUGAGCAUCGGCAUUUUUGAUCAGCCCUGGAGCAAACUCCACAGGCUCAGUACCACCGAAGCAAACGAAACAGGUUCUGCUAAUUCCCUCUUCUACAUUGGAGACACGUACGCCAGCGAUGACGAAGUUUCACAGACGAGCUGCUCAAAUGGCAUCCGGGCGAGGGUCUCCCAGACGGAAUUCGAGUCAGCGUUUCUGAAGGACGUCCCGGUGCUCCAGUGGUACAAACACCUUUCCAAAAACGAGCACGAGCGCCUUCGGAAGUACCCCGGAGCUCACGGCUGGCGCGGCGUCAGUUUCCUGGACCUGGUGGACACCCUCUCCGCCCUCAACACGUCGGCCAAUCGUGUCAUGUUUGACGACUGGAACCAGCGCUCCGAAGGGUCGAGUUGCAUCCGCUGCGCGGUCAUCGGCAACGGUGGGAUCCUGCAUGGGUCCAAGAAGGGCCAAGAGAUCGACCAGCACCACUACGUCUUCAGGGUGAACGGCGCAGUGAUAGCGGGCCACGAGGAGGACGUGGGCUCGCGCACCUCGCUCUACACCUUCUCCACCAACACCCUGCGGAACUCCAUGAGGGGCUACGCCCGAGCCGGCUUCCGGGGACCCCCGCAAUCUGAGGAGACCAGGUACGUCUUCAUACCUGAUCAGGGCCGUGACUACACUAUUCUGCGAGCCGUCGCCUCCAGGACCCAGAUGAUGACGGGGCCAGAGAAGAAUAAAAUGCCACCCGCAUACUUUGGAAAAACUGCAACGGCAAUGAAAUUCAAAAUUUAUCACCCAGACUUCAUUCGGUAUAUCCGAAACAGGUUCCUGCGCUCCCGCCUUCUUAAGGGCCGGUUUCGGGAGUGGUACCGACCGACGACGGGAGCGGUGAUGCUGAUGGCCGCCAUGCACACAUGCGACCAGGUGGACGCGUACGGCUUCAUCACCCCCGAUUACAAGAACUACUCGGACCACUACUACGACAAGGGCUUCCGGCCGCUGAGGUUCUACGCCAACCACGACAUGCGUCUGGAGCUGAAGCUUUGGCAGCAGCUGCACCAGGCCGGCCUCAUCAACCUCUACAUGCGGAAGUGAGCACCUCUGGUGCCUGUCACCAUGGGAACAAUAAUCCGUCCCGUCCCCCACACACACACACACACACACACACACACAAAGGCGCCGCAGCACUCCAACUAUCUAUCCAUUCUGGACAGAACUGGUCACUUUUUUGGUUUACACUACACACCUAAGAAGUAUAGCCUGGCUUUGGGGGGACUAGCCUGAUUUUGGGGUUCUUGAACGCCUCUUCCGAAGUGAUGUAAGCAGUCGUCAUGUGCUCCCUUGUCGCGCGGGAGUCUGACUGCGUGCGCACGAGGAUCCCCGCGGUCAUGAGGAAGGCCUCAUUUCACUCGGUUAUGAACGUUUUAAAAGCUGCACACCACGACCAGCUCUCUCUGGCAGCGGGGGAUGCUGGGAUUUGUAUUUCUCAUGCGCGUACCUGAAUGCUGGCAGAACUCCCGCUGGCCCGGCAGGGGCGAGCCAUCAAGCACAGGACGUGGGCCAGGCUGCGUGGGACGAGAGAAGGGUAUCUGCUUUUGUGACCCCCUCUGGUUUGACGCGGAAGGAAAAAGGAAAAAAAGAGAAAUUGGUGUCACUGUCAUAACGUAACGCAUGCGUGCGGAUGCAGUCAACGCCCUGAGCAUUUUCCCGUCAGUAGAGACAAAAAUGUAUCUUUCAACAGUCUUGGCUCAGAGAUGACAGAACACGCCAAAAAAAACACAAUGCUGCACAUCACAGAAAGAGUCUGGAUGAUUUACUGUCCCAGUAAAAGAACGUGUGAGAGAUUUUACAUUUCUGACGAAGCCAGGUGACUAGCCUGUGGGCAAGCUUGUGCAGAAUGUUUCCAUAAUCAGGCUAAAAAGCAGAAAUGUUUGCAGUUUGACUGAAUCUUUGCUGGUUUUAUUUUCCUAUAAGCACCCAGAAAUGAAAAUUGAAUCUUUAAGCCUUUUGUAUGGAAAUUUUGUGAGUUUAGGUAUUUAUUUAAUCGUAACACCUUCCUUACACAACAUUUUAAUGCAAAUUAAUCACCUCUGAAAAAUAAACUGUCGCUUAGGUGAAUCAAGAAUAAUAGCGUUUUAAAAACAUCAGAACCUGUGUUUCGAGUUUUCAAGGAGGGAGGACAUAUUUUCUGAAUGAGUCUGAAUGAAGAAGCAUUGUUGAGAUUUAAUCUGAGGUGUUCAAGAGCUUUGGUAUGAUGUAAAGCCUGUAUUACCACUGAAAUGCCUAGGGGUGUGACAGCAGCAGGUACCAGGCAGGCAGCUGGCAGAUGUUUUAUAAAAUAUUUGAAUGGUUUUUCUCUGUUUUUAUUUCCUUUACAUAUAAAACAUUUAUUUCUAUCUUUCUUUGCCUUCAAAAAAUAGAAUCAAAGCAAUGAUAAAGCAUACUAAAUCCUCAAUAAAAGUAUUUUUUGUUUUUCA